UCAGCAAGCUUUCAGCUAAAACUCCUAAAAGAGCAGAGAGAGAGAGAGAGAGAGAUUCCUAGGGUUUGCACGAUGGGGCGUUGGAUGUUGUCCGUUAAGAUAGUUGCAGCCUCGGCCGCCGUCUUCUCAUCGGCGGUGGCUCUUCAACUUGCUUCCCAGCCGGUGACGGAGUUCCUCGUCGCCGAAGGCCCUCGUUUUUACAAAUCUAUAGCCUCCUGGCUCACGCCGCCCUAUCUUUACUUCAUAAUCAACGGCAUCAUAAUCUCCAUCGCAGCUACCUCCAGAUUUCAGAAGACCAUGGCGGCCGAUAGCCACCUAAGCCUCGGUACAACUCUAUCAGCCCCACCGCCUUCAAUCUCAGCCGACCAAGACCUUCCCGAACCGAUUGAGUACAUUUCGAAGGUUACAGAGGACGCCCGUUUGUCGCCGGAGUUCCUCGCUCCGGAGAUUGGCCCAGGUAAGGGCAUGGAGUUGCCGGAGUCUGCGGCGGACUCGGAGUUGGAAGAGGGAUUUGUGAUUUCGAGGUCAAGCUGGUCGCCAAAUAGGAGGGGGUCGAGUGAGAACCUGCUGGAGAAGUCCGCUGCUGUCGGAUCUGGAGGAGCUACGCCGGAGAAGCCGCCUGUUUCAGCUCGUCUCGGCCGCAGGAAGAGCAUAAAGGCAAGCCCUGAAGGCAAGGCUUUGCGAGUCACUCGCCCGAGGAAGCACGAGACUUUAGAGAGCACGUGGCGGACGAUCACCGACGGCCGCCCGGUGCCCCUCGCCCGCCACCUGAAGAAAGCCGACACGUGGGACACGCAAGCCCGCGCCACCGCAGCCGACCCCGCCCCGCCUUCGACACCGGCUAUGCGCAAGUCGGAGAGUAUCGCCGUUCCCUCAUCUGCCACUGGCGGCCCACCGUCAUCCCCCUCUGUCUCCAGCGGUUCUUCGUCCUUGUCGGCCGGAAAGAUCCGGCGAGAGCCGUCCCUGGGACAGGACGACCUUAACCGUCGAGUGGAAGCUUUCAUCAAGAAGUUUAAUGAGGAGAUGCGGCUCCAGCGACAGGAGUCGCUGCAGCAGUAUAUGGAUAUGAUCAAUAGCUCCGGCCAGUAAUUCAGAUCCCAGGUGGAGCAAAAAAAUUAUAAAAAAAAGAGUUCUUUCUCCUAAUAAAUUCUUAUUUAACUCUGUUUAUUCUCCUGUUCAAACAUAAUAGAUCCGUUAUCUCCACAUAAAUUAUGAACAUAAAAUUAAAAAAAAAAACUAUCUUAAAUAUAGAUUUAUUCUACAGGAAAGAUUUUGUUUUUCUUUUUUAUUAUGAAGAUAGUAUUGGAAUGCUAUGUUAUUAUCUUA